CACAGACGCUCAUGCUCUGUGGCUGGAAUCUCUUCUUUCCAGUCUGCCUCAACACAUCGACGUCUCCACUCGCCCAUUCUCUGGAUUUUUAUGCCUCAUUCACACCUUAGAACAACACCGUGGGCUACCGACAAAACCCAAAUAGAAAGGAUGCACCAGUUUGGACUCAGCCUUCUGCGAUGCUACUAGACGACGAGGAUGGGUCAGAGAAAGAAAUUACGCUGGUGAGGCAAACAAGCUGUGAGCCAAUCCUUAAACACAGCCGCUGCUCCAUCGACUGAACCAGCCAUGCCCCUCCUACCCUCCUGAUCCUCCACCCUGACCCCUGCACCUACCCUUGGAUAAACCUAAAGCGGCCCCCGGCAACUCCUCGUCAAGUCAGCAUGGCUACACCGUUCCUGUGGAAGCUGUCGUCCCAGAAGCUGGGCUUCUUUCUGGUCAGCUUCGGGUUCAUCUGGGGCAUGAUGCUGCUGCACUUUACCAUCCAGCAGCGAGCCAGCCAUGAAAACAGCGCCGUGCUGAGGCAGCAGAUCCUGGACCUCAGCAAGCGAUACAUCAAGGCCCUGGCUGAGGAGAACCAGAGUGUCAUGGACGGGCCCUAUGUGGGUACUAUGACGGCUUAUGACUUGAAGAAGACCCUCGCGGUGCUGCUGGAUAACAUCAUGCUGAGGCUGGGCAAGCUAGAGUCCAAGGUGGAAAACAUCUACAACGGCACGGGGGGCAAUCUGACCAACGGCACCAGCACGGCCACACCCAGCGCCACCAACCCUGAAAAAGUCAACGUGGCAGACCUCCUAAACGGAGCCCAGGAGAAGUGCGAGCUGCCGCCCAUGGAUGGUUUUCCUCACUGCGAGGGCAAGGUCAAGUGGAUGAAGGAGAUGUGGCGCUCAGACUCCUGCUACGGCAACUACGGCGUUGAUGGUUCCACCUGCUCUUUCUUCAUCUACCUCAGCGAGGUGGAGAACUGGUGUCCUCGCCUUCCCUGGAGGACAAAGACCAUAGCCCAAGAAAUCGACAGGAGAGGACAGGCCGAGAUCCGCACCAGCUUCGACGAGCUCUACCGCGUCAUGUCACAGCGCGAGGAGUUCCGCUGGAUGAUGCUGAGGAUCAAGCGCAUGGCUGAGCCGUGGGUCAGUGCCAUCCGCUCACUGGCUGCUAAGCAGAACCUGGCCAGGCGACGGAGGAAGAAGAAGGUCCUGGUGCAUUUGGGCCUGCUCACCAAGGAGUCGGGCUUCAAGAUCGCAGAAAACGCCUUCAGUGGCGGCCCGUUGGGAGAGCUGGUCCAAUGGAGCGACCUCAUAACGACGCUGUACCUGCUGGGCCACGAUGUUCGCAUCUCGGCCUCGCUGGCUGAGCUCAAAGAGAUCAUGCGCAAGGUCAUGGGGAACAAGUCCAGCUGCCCGACCCAGGGCGACAAAAUCGUGGAGCUCAUCUACAUCGACAUUGUAGGCCUCACCCAGUUUAAGAAGACACUGGGACCUGCCUGGGUCCACUACCAGUGCAUGUUGCGGGUGCUGGAUUCAUUCGGAACGGAGCCAGAGUUCAACCAUGCCCACUACGCCCAGUCCAAGGGUCACAAGACGCCCUGGGGGAAGUGGAACCUCAACCCUCAGCAGUUCAACACCAUGUUCCCUCACACCCCAGACAACAGUUUCCUGGGCUUUGUAGUGGAGCAGCACCUCAACGCCAGCGACAUCAGGCACAUCGACGACAUCAAGAGGCAGAACCAGUCGCUCGUCUACGGGAAGGUCGACAACUUCUGGAAGGACAAAAAGAAAUACCUGGACAUCAUCCACAGCUACAUGGAGGUCCACGGCACCGUUCAUGGCACCAGCACUGUGCACCUCCCAAGCUACGUCAAGAACCACGGCAUCCUGAGCGGCCGAGACCUGCAGUUCCUCCUCCGAGAAACCAAGUUGUUUGUGGGCCUUUCCUUCCCCUACGAGGGUCCCGCCCCCCUGGAGGCCAUCGCCAACGGCUGCGCUUUCCUCAACCCCAAAUUCAACCCGCCCAAAAGCAGCAAGAACACCGACUUCUUCAAGGGCAAACCCACGCUGAGAGAGCUGACGUCUCAACAUCCGUACGCUGAGGUGUAUAUCGGUCAACCGCACGUGUGGACGGUGGAUAUCGAGAACUCUGCAGAAGUGGAGAAGGCCAUCCGCUCCAUCCUCAGCCAGAAGAUCGAGCCCUACCUGCCUUAUGAGUUCACCUGUGAGGGGAUGCUGCAGAGAGUCGACGCCUUCAUCGAGAACCAGGACUUCUGCCACGGUCAGGUGAUGUGGCCUCCGCUCAGCGCUCUGCAGGUGAAGCUGGCCGAUCCUGGGCGCUCCUGUAAGCAGGUGUGUCAGGAGGAGCAGCUCAUCUGUGAGCCAUCCUUCUUCCAACACCUCAACAAGGACAAGGACCUGGCCAGGUUUGGCGUGGACUGUCAGACAGUGGAGUCCAGCUCGGACACGGUGGUCCCGGCCUACAGCGAGGCUCGCCGCCACUGCAUCUUCCAGUCGGACCUGCUGCUGUUCAGCUGCGCAGGCGCCCACCAGUCGCUGCAGCGUGUCUGCCCCUGCCGUGACUACAUGAAGGGCCAGGUGGCGCUGUGCAAAGACUGCCUAUAGCAGGGACGCACACGCUGCUGAUGGAAGGGGGCGGGGCCUGACAGAGGGGGUGGAGCAUCAUUUCAUGGAGUUAAAAAAGGAGCAGCUUAACGAGUGUGUUUGAGAGACAUGGACACACACUCCAUGGGCAUCAUGCAGCUGUCAAUCAAACACAUGACAGAGUUUUUUUUUUGUCUGGAUAGAGAAAAAAACAUUCACACGACUGCAGGUGUUUGUCAUAUUUAUUGUUUUUGUGAAACAGUCCUGCAGCCAAACUGGAGCACCCCUCUGAUUCACCAGCAGGGGGCGCUGCGAGUCCUGGAAGCAGAGGAACUUUACUUGAAUCAACAAAGGGAGUCACCUCAGACGAUUUAAACCCUGACCCCGCCCCCCUUCACUCCUCCCUCUCUAUCCACCUCCCCCUGGUCUAAUCUCUAGACUGUUUAUUCUUUAGGUAGGUUUGCACUGGACUGUCAUGCCUGGAGGCUCGAAUCCCCUCACACACACACACACACACACACACACACACACACACACACACAAGAACCCAGUUUUACACUGUAACCACCCUGUUCCUCUUCACUGAGAGCGGACAUGUCAUGUAGGUGUCUAGGUUUUUAUUCUGAUCACUUCCUGACACAAGCGCCAGACUCUCUUCACCCCGUUCAAUCAGCUGCUGUGGAUCGGUCACACACACACACACACACACACACACACACACACACACACACAGCCAGUCCCUUGAUUUCAUAUCUUCAGUUCAACAUAUUUAAACGACUGACGUUAACUGAACGCUUUGAAGAGAACAAAGUGUGUGUGUUUUUGGGGCCAGCUCCUCAUUGGGUACCGGAUCAGGGAGGGGGCGGGGCCACAGUGAACCAUGUGAUGAGUGGGUGUCUUAAAGCAGAGUUUACACCUUAGAUGCAGGACAGCCUUCAUGGCCAAAGUUUCCCAAAAGGCUGCAGAGAAACACUGACAUGUUUACACACACACACACACACACACACACACACACACCAUCCAGCUGUCAAUCAUUUCAAGUCAACUGUAACAAGAUGAAACCAUGCCAACAAAGAGUUCCUGCGACGCAGAAAACCUCUCACUCCUCGUUUUAUUUGAUUCAUCGUCGUUAGGCUUUUUUUUUUUUUUUUUUUUGCCUCCAGAACAAAAAAAUUGAGAUGAAAUGAAAAGAAGAAGUAGUUGUUGUUGAUGUUGUGGUGAACGGGGAAGAAAUGCACUACGUUAAUCUAUCCGCAGAGGUUUAACAACAUACUAGUAACACUGUAUAUUGUUCAUAUGGGUUUGAAAGUUUUCCUUUUUUAAUUUAUUUUGUAUACAGAUCUUUAUCUCUGUGUCUUGCUGGAAAUCUUCUUUUUUUUUAUUUAUCGGAGCGGGUGUCUUUAAUUUUUUUUUUUAUAGAUUUUUAUUUAUGGAUAGUAAUUUAAGAAAAAUGAUAAUAAACAAAAAAAAAGCUAAUGGGGGGGGUGUUGGCUUUGUGUGCUGUUGUUUCAGCUUUCAGCAGUGAUGUGAUGAGGAAACCCCCCAAAUCACUUUUUCACAAGCAAAUUAAAAAAAUGAUGAAUUCACUAUAGAUUCUAAUUCUCUGCUUCAUUUCAAAUGAGCUGUUUAUCAAGUUGAAACCUUCGAUCACUGGUAGAGAGUACCCUUUUGUUUAAGUAGAAACUUUCAAAAUAAAAGCAUGAGAAAAACUGUUUUGAAAUACAGAAGAAUUAAAUUUCAAAACCAUUAACAAUGUUAUUAAUCGUGAUUAUCUAUUGAAAUUAGCUGAUUAAUCGUGUUUUUUAAAUCAGUCAUUUGACAGCCUUAGUUUUAAACUGAAAUCUAACCACAUGAUGUAUCUGUUGAUUGGAUGUCGUCGUCCCCCCCUCUCUCAUCACUGCCUCUAAAGAUGAACAGCAGUAAACAAAUGUGCCUCAUUUCAUUGUGAAAGCCAGCAGGAGCCUCAUCCACUUUGUGCUUUGAUUUCUUCUUCUCUUGUUUUGCACACGUUCAGCCUGAACGCUUCAGGGUCUCACCUGGACUUUCGCUGCGUCAACUCGGCCUGUUGUUAUUGUUAUUGUUUUCUUUUGUGUUAUUUUUUUAAAGCUGGUCCAUGAUCUGCCGCCAAGUUUUUUGUUUUUUUUUGUUUUUUUUUUAGAACAUGAUGUGCCUUUUCAUGCUUGCGUUUGAUCCUGCUUCUGUUUUGACUCUCAGCGAGUUUGUGUCCUCGCCUGACGGGUCUGUGUUUGUUUGUUUGUGUGUCACUGUCUGGAGCUCAGGUCGGAGUCGCUUCAAAAUCAUUUAAAACGCCAUCAUGCAAAAAGAGUCACUCAAGCUAACAUCACACAUUAGAUAGAGAAACUGCUUUCUGCUUUACCUUCCAUAAAUCAGCUGAAUCAGUGUUCAGUUAAAGCUCCUGUGAGGAACUUUUCUGGGUUCGUUUGGAUUUUGGCGCCCCCCUGUGGACAAAGCUGAUUUACUGAUUUUGUUCAGGUGUAAGAAGUGUUUUUGUAAAAAUCUCAUCCUGCUGUCUUUAAGGAGUCAAAUGUCACUUACGGAGAAUCUUUGGAGGUGUAAGGUCAAAUUAGCAUGUUGCUAACGUUAGCGACACCUACCCUGCGGCGGCGCUUUCAGACAUUAAAAAUAACUCUACAGAAAUAGCCUCUUUAUUCUUAUGACUUCAUCUGCGUUUGUAGGUCGUAGAGAGUCAUCACUAUUGAUUUCAUAACCAGCUAAAAUCUCCUCACAGCAGCUUUAAAUAGAAUUCAUUGUAGCAUUCGAUCUGAUAUUUAAAACAAUUUAAAUCCUUUAGGCUCAAACCCUGUGUUUUGAUUGGUUAAGAGGAAGUAUGCUGACACAGGGCUUUUAAAUAAAAAGUAUGAAUCCAGUCUGAACUAAAAAAAGAUGUAGUAAUAUGAAUUCCCAUUUAGAUAUUAUUUCAGGUAAUAAAUAGAGAAAACUAGGUGUUCACUGUUUUUGGAGUAUUUAGAUGAACUCAGCACACGUUGGUUUUUCUUUUUAUUGCUUUAAACUGGAUUACUUGCAGCUACUUUUUCUUUCUUUUCUGAACUUCCUGCCUUGUGGGCUUAAGCUGUGAUUCUGUAAUAAAGAAAAGUCAGAGGUGUGAUUCAUUUAAAGAAUAAGGCUUUUAGAAAAUGAUAAUUUCUGUGCCGUCCCAAGUUAGCCAGUCUUUAAAUACCUGGACUUUACGAGUUUACUCCGACUCUCAGUACAAAGUUGAUUUGUUCUUUAUGACUCAUAAAAGUUUAUUGUAUCAUUUUUCAAGACAUUUGUUGAGAGGAAGAAACACAUGUACAUGUCUGAAUCAGAAAGGUGGUGACUGUAAAAACGAUUCUAAAUUAAUAGAGAUAAAUCACAGACUGAAUUAUUUUUUGUUGUCAAAUGAAGCGUCUAAAAAAGAUGUUUUAGGGUUUGCUCUCCUCCUCCUCUGUGAGCAGGGAAAGCCUUUCUUUUCUGUUAGUCAGGUUUAGUCACUGCAUGCUGUCCGUCACACUAUCAGUUGCUUUCCUCGACAUAUCUGUCUUUCAUUGAAUGUCUGCAUUAGGAACACCUCACAGAUAUGAAAUGUGUCGACUGUCAGUUAGCAUUCAGCGUCUGAAACACAGGAGCCGUGAUGAUUGUGAUCCAAGCAGUGAAAGAUGAAUAUCACAAUGACAACAUGUUUUUUUCUGUUCUCACAGUCCUUGACGAGUAAAGAGGGAUAUAACUUUAUUUUUUAAUAAACCCUUUUUUCUGUGACAAAAGG